ACGUGGCGCUUCCAGAAAGCGAGUUAUCAGUUCAGGCUCGGGAUACAUCUAUUAAACGUUUUGUAUUCCUCGUUUAAUAUGUUGAUGCAGUAGCGGUGGAGGUCUGCCGCGUGCUACCUAGAAGGGGACAUGAUUAUAGAUACAUGGAUACCUAUGCUUAUCCAAAUUUCCCAAAAUGGAAAUGGUAUCGUACUACUAGGAGUUUGAUGGAGGCGUUGAGGUUUUGCUUGAUUCGUACUGUCAGACACUAGCUCCCUUGUUUCUGUCUAUGCCCACAACUUCUUGUUGCGUCGAUGGUCUUUUGAGUUUACUACUGUACCC